UUCUUUCAUAAAUACUCACACUUUGAUCGUUCAUCUUCGAACAAACUUUCUACUUUCUUCUUCUUCCCUGAGCUUUUCUCUCUGCCAUUUUCUGUAGCCCAACUUUUUUGUAUUUUGAUCGCGGCGUUGUCUUUAUCCCACUCAAGACGGCUAUGGAUUCUGAUGAGAUGGAAACUGAGAGCGCCGAUCAAGUCUCUACCAGUCCUCUAUCAUUUGCAAGAAGUUAUCAAGUAGAGGCACUUGAGAAAGCUAUAAAGCAGAACACAAUUGUCUUCUUAGAGACUGGUUCUGGCAAGACCCUAAUUGCCAUUAUGCUUCUUCGUAACUACGCCUACCUUUUCCGUAAGCCUUCACCAUGCUUCAGCGUCUUCUUGGUUCCUCAAGUGGUUCUUGUCACUCAACAAGCAGAAGCCUUGAAGAUGCACACUGAUCUAAAAGUGGGUAUGUAUUGGGGAGAAAUGGGGGUUGACUUCUGGGAUUCUUCAAUAUGGAAACAAGAAGUCGAUAAAUAUGAGGUGCUUGUGAUGACCCCUGCCAUUUUGCUGGUUGCAUUGAGACAUAGUUUUCUCACGUUGAACAUGAUCAAGGUUCUAAUUGUUGAUGAGUGUCAUCAUGCUAAGGGAAAGCAUCCUUAUGCUUGUAUCAUGAGGGAGUUCUAUCACCAGGAGUUGAAUUCUGCAUCUUGCAAUGUUCCACGGAUACUUGGGAUGACUGCUUCCCUUGUGAAAACCAAGGGUGCGAAGUUGGAUAGCUACUGGGAAAAGAUUCAUGAACUUGAAACUCUAAUGAAUUCAAAGGUCUAUACCUGCGAGAAUGAGUCCGUGCUUGCUGAGUUUGUCCCCUUUUCUACACCAAGCUUUAAGUACUACAAGCACAUUGAAAUACCAACUUCUAAACGUGCAAGCUUGGUAGGGAAGCUGGAAAACCUAAUCACAAAGCAUCGCUUAUCCCUUGCAAACUUGGAUCUCAAAUCCUCUACUGUUGAUUCUAUAGAGAAGAGGAUGCGGAAGAUAAUUUCAUGUCUAACUUAUUGUUUAAGUGAUCUCGGAAUUUGGCUGGCGCAGAAGGCUGCUCAGUCAUUGUCAGACAGUCAGAGUGACUUUACCUUGUGGGGCGAACUAAACAUGUUUAGUGAAACCUUCGUCAAAAAAUUCUGUUUUGAUGCUUCACAGGCGUUUUUAGCUGACAUACCUCAUGGUCUUAACUGGAGUGCUGCUAACAUAAAAGAAAAUUUGGAGGCAGGUCUCCUAACGUCGAAAACAGUCUGCCUCCUCGAAUCUCUUCUUGGUUAUAGCUCCUUGGAGAACAUACGGUGCAUCAUUUUUGUGGACAGGGUGAUAACAGCAAUUGUUUUGGAAUCACUUUUGGCUGAGAUUCUUCCAAACUAUAACAGCUGGAAAACCAAGUACGUUGCAGGAAAUAACUCUGGUCUGCAAAAUCAAACUCGGAAGAAGCAAAAUGAAAUUGUGGAAGACUUCCGGAGAGGCUUGGUAAACAUCAUUGUAGCAACAUCUAUUCUAGAGGAGGGUCUAGAUGUUCAAAGUUGCAAUCUGGUUAUCAGAUUUGACCCUGCAUCCAACAUUUGCAGUUUCAUACAGUCUCGUGGGCGUGCUAGAAUGCUAAAUUCAGAUUAUUUGAUGAUGGUGGAAAGCGGAGAUCUAGCAACAAUAGAUCGGCUAAUGAAAUACCUUUCUGGAGGGAAAAGAAUGCGUGAAGAGUCUUUGCAUCAUUCUCUUGUUCCCUGUCAACCAUUUCUUGAUGAUUCAUCCGAGAAAAUUUAUCGCGUGGAUAAGACGGGAGCGAGUGUAACCCUUAGCUCAAGCGUUAGUUUAAUAUAUUUCUACUGCUCAAGGCUUCCUUCAGACGAGUACUUCAAACCAGCUCCUAGAUUUGAUGUAGACAAGGAUCAGGGGAUAUGCACUGUUUACCUUCCUAAGAGCUGCCCAGUGAAAGAAGUUAGUGCUCCCGCAAAUGGAAAAAUGUUAAAACAAGCUGCCUGUUUUGAAGCUUGCAUUGAGCUGCACAGAGCUGGAGCUCUGACUGAUAAUCUUGUGCCUGACAUGGUUGUGGCGGAAAAUGUCGAACAAAAACUCGGGAAUAUCAACUAUAACACAGAGCAGCCAUGUUACUUGCCCCCAGAGCUAGUCUCCCAGUUUUCAGGACAGUCGCAGACAACAUACCACUUAUACUUAAUAAGAAUGAAGCCGGACUCUCGAAGAAACUUUCAGUUUAACGAUAUCUUUCUGGGCACCAGAACUGAGCUUGAAGAUGACAUUGGGAGCACAUGCUUCCAGUUGGAAGAUCAUCAUGGUACAAUAGCUGUGACAUUGAGUUAUGUGGGAGCGUUUGACUUUACACAAGAGGAGGUCCUUCUGUGUAGAAAGUUUCAGAUAACUCUUUUCCGAGUUCUUUUGGAUCACAGUGUGGAAAAUUUGAUGGAGGCAUUAGAUGGAUUGCAUCUCAGAGACGGGGUAGCACUAGAUUAUCUACUGGUUCCGGCCACUCCUGAGAACGAAACAUCUCUUAUUAAUUGGGACAUGAUUAGAUCCGUGAAUUUAACUCGUCAUAAAGCUUGUGAAAGGCACGCAGAUUGUUCUGCCAAGGGUGCUUCUCGCAUUCUUCAUACAAAAGACGGCUUGUUUUGUACAUGUGUCGUGGAAAAUGCAUUGGUCUACACCCCACAUAAUGGACAUGUCUACUGUACCAAAGGUGUUCUCAACAAUCUAAAUGCAAAUUCAGUAUUGAGGACGAGAUAUUCUGGCGAUCAGACUUACGUGGAGUUCUAUGAGAAACGGCAUGGGAUUCAGUUAAAUUUGCCGGAUGAACCCCUUCUGAAUGGGAGACACAUUUUCACGCUCCAUAAUUACAUUCGAAUGACCAAGAAGAAAAAGGAAAAAGAACAUGACAGAGAGUUUGUUGAAUUACCUCCUGAACUGUGUCAUGUCAUUUUGUCCCCAAUAUCAGUUGAUAUGAUCUAUUCAUAUACUUUCAUCCCAUCUGUUAUGCAACGCAUUGAGUCUUUGCUUAUAGCAUUCAACCUAAAGAAGAACAUCCCUAAAGUCAAUAUUCCAACCAUCAAGGUUCUGGAAGCUAUCACGACGAAGAAGUGCCAAGAUCAAUUUCACUUGGAAUCACUAGAAACUCUUGGGGACUCUUUUCUCAAGUAUGCUGUUUGUCAGCAAUUAUUCCAACAAUAUCGUACUCAUCACGAGGGUCUUCUCAGCGCAAAGAAAGAUGGAAUGAUUUCAAAUGUCGUUCUCUGCGAAUUUGGAUGUCAGCAGAAACUUCAGGGAUUUAUCCGCAAUGAAUGUUUUGAACCUAAAGGUUGGAUGGUUCCUGGUCAAUCGGCUGCAGCUUAUGCUUUUGUCAAUGAUUUUCUACCCGGUUCUAGAAACAUAUACAUUGCUAGGAGGAGGAAUUUGAAACGCAAGAGUGUGGCUGAUGUUGUAGAAUCACUAAUUGGUGCAUAUCUCAGCGAGGGAGGUGAACUUGCAGCGUUGAUGUUCAUGAAUUGGGUUGGUAUAAAGAUUGAUUUCACAACGACUAUGAUCCAAAGAGAGUCCUCGAUACAAGCUGAGAAGCUUGUGAAUGUAGUCUAUACCGAGUCGCUGUUGAACUAUAAAUUUGAGGAUAAGUCUCUUCUAGUCGAGGCAUUGACUCAUGGUUCAUACAUGAUACCUGAAAUUCCAAGAUGCUACCAGCGGUUGGAGUUCCUUGGCGACGCUGUGUUGGAUUAUCUCAUAACCAAGCAUUUGUACGGUGAAUACCCAAAUCUUUCUCCUGGACUACUAACCGAUAUGCGCUCUGCUUCUGUGAACAAUGAAUGUUAUGCUCAAGUGGCGGUGAAAUCAAACCUGCACAAACACAUUCUUCAUGCCUCUCAUGAUCUCCACAAACACAUCUUUAGAACAGUCAGCGAGUUUGAACGGUCAUCUUUGCAAUCAACUUUUGGAUGGGAAUCCGAUAUAGCUUUCCCCAAGGUUCUUGGAGAUGUGAUAGAAUCUUUAGCAGGCGCAAUAUUUGUUGACUCGGGUUACAACAAGGAAGUUGUUUUUGCAAGUAUAAAACCGCUUUUGGGUUGUAUGAUAACUCCGGAGACAGUCAAGUUGCAUCCUGUGAGAGAGUUGACAGAAUUGUGCCAGAAAUCGCAGUUGGAGUUGAGUAAAGCUAAAGGUUUCGAGAAUGGUAAAGCUUUCUUUACAGUUGAGGUGAAAGCUAAGGAAAUGAGUUUUUCUCACACAGCAAAGGCCUCUGAUAAGAAAAUGGCCAAGAAAUUGGCUUACAAAGAAGUCUUGACCUCGCUUAAGAAUACUCUCGUCUCCUAGAUUUCUCUUUCUUGUGGAAUCAGUGAAGAUUGCAAAUGAUUUUUUUAUUAUUAUUUUUCUAUAAGUUCUUAGAAAUGUUUACUCUUUAAAGCGCACUUACAAUUGGUCUACUAA